ACCGUGAGCGCGGGAGGCUUUCUGGUAAACAUAUAAUUUUUUGACAUUUUCCACCACAAAAAAUAUACACCACAAAAUGCUUCGAACACUGAUCCAGCAACACGUCACCAGACGAUCAUAUACCACCACCGCCACCGAACGAGCUUACUUCAUUUCACGAACUGCCAACAAAGGAUUACCCGUCUAUACCGACUUCAAGAACGGAGGCACGCAACAAUUGACCAUUAUUCGUCGCGUUGAAGGCGAUGCCGAAGCACUGAAAAACGAAAUUGUGGAACUGUUUCCCGAAGCACCCAAGAACUUUGCACGUGUCAACCCAGUUAACAACCAGGUUAUCUUGAAAGGUGUCCACAUGAAUGAGAUCAAGCAGUGGCUUGUUGAAAAGGGAUUUUAAGACGUUCUUUAUCUUCUUCCUCCCUCCCUGUCUCCCUCUCCAAUAAUAACAUAGUAUAGAACACACACAAAAAAAGACAAACGCACAUAUACACACAUGCUUGUAAAUAUAUUUCUUUCAACUAUUAUACUAUACAUUAAUGUAGUAUCGGCAGUCUAGUAGUAGGGUUUUUGGGAUGGUUGGCUAAUAUGUGG